CCGCCUCUGGGAGAGAAGGGUGAAGGAGCGGAAGGCGCGUCGGAGCCGGGUGAGGAGGUUGUGGCGGCGGUAGGCGCCGACAUGGACAACGCGGGUAAGGAGCGUGAGGCGGUGCAGCUGAUGGCGGAGGCCGAGAAGCGAGUCAAGGCCUCCCACUCCUUCCUCCGGGGGCUGUUUGGAGGAAACACAAAAAUAGAAGAGGCUUGUGAAAUGUAUACCAGAGCUGCAAAUAUGUUCAAGAUGGCUAAAAAUUGGAGUGCUGCAGGAAAUGCAUUUUGUCAGGCAGCCAAGCUCCAUAUGCAGCUUCAGAGCAAGCAUGAUUCUGCCACCAGCUUUGUGGAUGCUGGCAAUGCUUACAAGAAGGCAGACCCUCAAGAGGCUAUCAACUGCUUAAAUGCAGCCAUCGACAUUUACACAGACAUGGGAAGGUUUACGAUUGCAGCCAAGCACCACAUCACCAUUGCGGAGAUCUAUGAGACCGAACUGGUAGAUAUCGAGAAGGCUAUUGCACAUUAUGAACAAUCGGCUGAUUAUUACAAAGGGGAAGAAUCCAACAGUUCAGCUAACAAGUGUCUGCUGAAAGUGGCAGCGUAUGCCGCCCAGUUGGAGCAGUACCAGAAAGCCAUCGAGAUCUACGAGCAGGUUGGGGCAAACACCAUGGAUAAUCCUUUGUUGAAGUACAGUGCAAAGGACUACUUCUUUAAAGCUGCCCUCUGUCACUUCAUAGUAGAUGAGCUGAAUGCCAAGCUUGCUCUUGAGAAAUAUGAGGAAAUGUUUCCAGCAUUUACUGAUUCAAGGGAAUGUAAGUUAUUGAAAAAACUUCUAGAAGCUCAUGAAGAACAGAACAGUGAAGCUUACACUGAAGCAGUGAAGGAAUUUGACUCAAUAUCUCGUUUGGAUCAGUGGCUCACAACCAUGUUGCUUCGUAUCAAAAAGUCCAUCCAAGGGGAUGGAGAAGGAGACGGGGACCUAAAGUGAACAUUUAUGUCUUUGUGGCAUGCAGCUGACUCCUCCUUAGUUUCAUGUUAGGGCCACAUGAUCUUUUUGGGAUGCCCAUUUAAUGGCUUAAUUCUGUUGCACAUGAGCCAAACCAUCUGUGUGUUUAAGCUUCCUGUGUUUGUGUCUUCGUGAAGCAGACAGCUGGGAAGCUCCUGUGCUUAUUGUGGGUGUGAUGGGCUAUUUCAUGCUUGUCAGAGCCCCCAGAGUUUUCUGAGAACUACUCCAGAAUCCUAUUCCUGUUAUUUUGACGUUUGCAUAGCCCGUGUGUAACUUUGUCAUGUAUUUUUAUGUCUUUUUCUUGGACUGGAGUACCCAACCUAAUCAUUGUAAUAGAUGCUUUGCAUAUUUUCUGUAAAUCCGCACCUGGACGUAUUCUCUAAGUGCACGUGUUUAGUUCAGGAUGGUGGUUAGGAAUGAGCUUUAUGACUUCUGCUUACUAGAGAUGGUUUUUGUUGUUGUGAUUCUUUCAAUGGUGCUAGUGCUCCGUUUGCUUUUUAUAUUGUUGUGUUUGCUAACAUGCAUGCAAAAAUUCAGAACAGCCGGGGUCUGCCAGCAUCACUUGCUUAACGUUGUGAGAAAAGGAAGCUUCCUGGCAGGGCUUGCUGAUGUGUGUGGGAGAAUGUCAGGGUGAGUCUAAUGGAUUUGUACUCCUUCACACACGAGAGAUUAUACAAAACAGAGUUUUUCCUUUUCCUAGAGAUGGUUUCCACUUUUAGUUGGGGUGGAGCCCUUUAUAUUCACAUAGAAGUGAUUUGACCGGCAUGUCCCUUUUGUUUACUUUCACAUUCAUACACUUGCCCACGUUGAGAUGGUGCCUGGUGUGUCACCACAAUGUGAAUCCUCAUCAAGGCUGCGGAGAGAGCAGGUCAUUAAUUUUACCUUUUUAUUGAACGUGAUGGGUUAGGUGGGGUUAAUAAGUACAGUACAGAGGUUUACCAUGUGUCCAUUUGGGGAAGAAGGGCAGCCAGCUUCAGAGGAGGAUUGAUUUUCCUCUCGGCUAAAUGGAAUUGUUUGGCUUGUAUUUUUGAAUUUAGUUGUGUCAUUUUGGUUUACAUAAUAUGUGCUCUACUGAUUUAUGAACUUACAUGCUGACACUGUGCUUAAGACAUGGUCUUGUUUUCUGAAUCUUCUCUGUGUGUAUUUUUAUGCUUAAACUUAAGUUUGACAUGCAUUUUUUUUUUUUUUUUUUGCCAGUCCUAGCUUGUGGAUCUUUGUAAAUUAUGCUGCUGUCAUUAAAGACAGAUCAUGAAAUUUCCCAUGUUAUGUCGGAUGGAAACUGGCAUUUGAAGGGUGUUUUCAUUUUUGGAUGUCCCUCCACUGGGUUUGGUUAGGCUUUUUUGGGGCAGAAGUAGAGUGUGGCCAUGAAAAGGGCUGAGCGUGGAGGAAGGCAAGGGGAUGGUGAGCGGGUUGGGCGGAGAUGAAGGAGAAAGUAGCAAGAAAGUAGCUGGAAAGGACCAGCUGAGGCCUGGUAGUGGAGACUGUCCCUCAGGUGGCUGUGGAUUUCCUGGCUGCAGUUGUGGGGUCACCUGUACCAACAUAGCCUGGUGGAGAGGAAGGUCAGCGAUGUCACUGUGCGGGCCGAAUGGGCCAGAAGACAUGGACACUCUGACCUUGCACCCUGGGAUCUGAUGAACGUUCCUUCCUUCAAAGGUCUGGGAUUCUUAAAAGAAAGCUGGCUAUCGCUUAUGGUACAAUUUGGAAUGCAGCGCAUUUGGUGCUUCUUCACUUCCUGUCAGAAUCUCUUAUGAAGAAAUGAUUAGAGCAGAGAGUGGGUUUCUAUGCCUCAUGUGUUCCACAACCAGCCAAAUGCACUUUUGUGAAAGUGAGGCAUGAGGCUGUAAGUCUGUCCCAUCUGAAGAGCAUUUAAAUCCUAACCUGCCAGUGUGCUUGUUUCAUCACUAGUGUGCAAGGUUUGUUUUCACUUGUUAAAAGGACCUUCUGGUCUCACCACUUAAAGUAAAAACCGAAUGAUUUCUCUUAAGAGGAUUCCUUGGGGCGCCUGGGUGGCACAGCGGUUAAGCGUCUGCCUUCGGCUCGGGGCGUGAUCCCGGCGUUAUAGGAUCGAGCCCCACAUCAGGCUCCUCCGCUAUGAGCCUGCUUCUUCCUCUCCCACUCCCCCUGCUUGUUCCCUCUCUCGCUGGCUGUCUCUAUCUCUGUCAAAUAAAUAAAUNNAAAAAAAAAAAAAAAAAAAAAAAAAGAGGAUUCCUUUAGCUUUCAUCAUGGCCCCUGUCAGACCCCUGUCUGAGAAAGAGGUGUGGUUUGUAAAAACAGUACUGGUACCAUUUUGUUACGUCAGUUGGAGAGUUGCUUGUCUUGAAAUAAACACUGGGAUCAA